UUAAGGUGCUGUUGGAGAGGUGGACGUUAGCAUUGUGGGCAGAUCUCCUUCGUUUGUUUCACUUCCUGUUUGGAGUGCGACUGAGCGGCAGAAUUCUUUGCAGACCGAUCUCAUCACCGCACCACUGAGCCGCAAGAACAGAGACUGCAUAAGUACAAUGGCCUGCCAGUGGCUGUACUUCUGGACAGCAUUGCUGCUGCUCUUGAUUCACGCAGCCUGGGUCUCCUCGCAGCUGCCCUGCGGAGGAGGACCCCCAGGUAUUCCAGGGAUCCCCGGAUCCCAUGGACCAAACGGCAAGCAAGGUGCUAAAGGAGAGAAAGGGGAUCCAGGUGAAGCUGAUCAGUCGAUCAGGGGCCAGAGGGGGGACCCUGGUGAAAAAGGGCCCCCAGGACGUGCUGGCUGGAAGGGGGACAACGGUCUUCUGGGCCCUCCGGGGCCUCUGGGCCAGCCAGGAGAGAAGGGGAGGCCCUUCAACCCGUCAGAACAGCAGAAGUCGUUCUUCUCCUAUAAAAUGAUGCAGCAGAAACCAAACUCCAACACGCCCAUCGACUUCAACAGCGCGAUGGUGCCUGACCUGCAGCCUCAGUUUCAAGGACAAAACCUGACAGAAGGCGUCUUCACCUGCACCAUCAAAGGCGUGUACUUCUUCAGCUACCACGUCUCCAUGAGGAGCAAUGUGUGUCUGAAGCUGGUCAAGAACAGCGACAGUCACUUGAUGAUGUGUGAAACAUAUAGGGGGUUUCUGGUAACUUCUGGCUCCGCCGUCCUGCAGCUGGAGGCUGGAGACACCGUCUCCCUGCAGGUAACCAACCACAACAACAUCGUGCUGACCCAGAGCAGCUCCACCUUCACCGGCUUCCUGAUCUUCCCCACCAUCUGAACGUACCUGGGCCGCUUUUAACCUUUCUCGGACAUUCAGUUACCCCCCACCCCAUUUCAUCUUCCUUGAGACCAAAACUGCAAAGCACAAUCCUAAACUGUUAGCUUUUUAAAACCAGACGCCACUGAUUUCAAGCAUCGGGAUUCUCGGGAAUUGUUGUUUAUUUUUUCAUUAAUGCACUCAGCUGUUGUUUUUUUAACAGGAAAGAGAAUAAAAACUGUGACACAUGUUUUUUUUUGUCAGUGAA